AUGAAUCUGAAAGUCCCCAUUGUUCCCUCCGAUGGUGGGAUUUCACGAAAACGAGAGACUUCCCUUCCUGUCGAGGAUAUUGCCAAAGCAUUGGCAAAGAUGGGAUAUGAAGUGAUAACCUCGGAUGAUGCUGGCCGGUUUGUCUGCAAUUAUGUAUAUUAUCAUUCCUUGCGAUUUGCAGAGCAGAAUGGAAUUAAAUCACUAUUUGUACAUGUUCCCCUCUUCUCUACUGUAGACGAGGAGACUCAAAUGCAGUUUGCUGCUUCCUUAUUGGAGUGGUUUAAUAAAUUGUGUAAACUGUGUGUGAAUCUUGAAAUGCAUUGCUGGCCAUCGAUUGGUGUUGAAGUUUCCUCGCUCUCCUUGUCAUCUUUAAUGAUACUUUCUGAGUUUGUAUCGAUUGUUCGUCUAUCAAUGAAUAAUCUGUGUACAUUUUGCACGAACUUGGAACAAUAUGCUAAGCUUCUCUCAGUAUGA